AUCGAAAGGAAAAACUAAAAGUUCCAACCAAUAGAUGGCUGUAGAGUUAAACAAAGAAGGAGAAUAAGUUGACUCGAACCGCGUAAAUCGAAAAAAUCGAAAUAAAAAAGUUCGAACCAAUGUUCAUUAGUCAGUCAUGGAUUUGGUGCUCGACAUAAUUAACUGAGAUCAAGGUCAUGGUCUCAGUAAAUUCUGAUAACUUGACUGGUUUACUAAUAAAAAUUUCGAAUUGAAAAUGAUUGAUUUUAGAUUUGUUUCCAAUGAAAAUUGAAUAAAGAAUUAAUUUAUUGGAGAUAAAUGUUGAUUGUUCAAUUAUCGUCAAUAAUUGAGUUGACUUUUAGUAACCACCUACUCAAUUUUGAUGUAAACGUAAGUAAUUUAGUAAUCACUUUACAAACCGAUGAUCGAAAAUUGAAUUGACUCAAUACGCAACUACUCAGAACUUUACUCUGAGUAUUAAUCAGAAUUCAUAGAAAUCUUCAUGGAAUAAUAUCUGCUCAUGUUUCUUCACAAUCUCCUCUUUCUUCAUCUCCCAAACUCUAACAACGUUGAUCUUCAUUGGUUUUCAUAUGAGUCUUUACGUAAUCAAACGACAAGAACGUGAACUUUUUUCGAAACUGUUUCGAAAACUUAUCAAUAGUUCCAAGGAGAUAAAAAGUAACAUUAUGUCUUUCAUUCAUCUUUUAUUGUCAUCAUCAUGUUUGUUUCGUAGUUUCAAUAUGAUUAAGUUUAAAGAAUACAGAAAAAAUUGUAUUAUCAGUAAUUAGAUUGUCACUCAACAAUUAGAUUGUUAUUUUCAUUGAAAAGUUUCACUAUGUUAACCGCUAAUUACAAUAUUGUGUUGGCCAUUUUUUAUUAUUUGACAUCUAAUUGUUCAGCUAAUCAAUUCAAAUGGAUUCCAAGGCUCCCCAAUGAUCAACCUUUGACUCCAUUGACCUCAUCAUCUUAUUUACAAUUUUCGUCACCUUCAUUUUCAUCAACACCAUCAGUGACUUUAUCUUCAUACAAUCAACUAUUUGGAUAUAAUUUUGAAACCCGGAAACACAAUUAUGACAAAAAUGCUCAUUUCAAUUCUGUCGCCUCAGCAUACAAACAACAACAACAACAACAACAACAACAACUUCCAUCAACUAUUUUCGGUACAACCAAAAUCGAACCACCCUCUAGACCUCUUUCAGCCUGGGACGAUCCCUCCUUCAAGCCUUACUUUGAUGACCAUAAUGUGGACAAUGUGACAACUCAAUUAGGUAAAACUGCUUACCUUCAUUGUAAAAUCCGUCAACUUGGUGAUCGAACGGUUUCUUGGGUUAGACAAAAAGAUUUGCAUAUUUUAACGGUUGGACGUUACACUUAUACGAGUGACCAAAGGUUCACUUGUGUCCAUCUUGACGAUUCUGAUGAUUGGACACUCGAGAUCAAGUAUAUUCAAAAGGACGAUGCUGGAAUCUACGAGUGCCAGGUCAGCACUGAGCCCAAAAUGAGCUUGAGCAUUAAACUUGGAGUUGUUGCGGCCAAAGCAAUUAUACCAGAAGGAUCAGAGUUAAUUGUUGAAGUUGGUGUAACAGUUAAUUUAACUUGUAUCAUUAGUGAACAAUUAUUAUCAACAUUAUCAUCACCUUCAUCUUCAUCUUCAUUUUCAUCACCAGUCUAUGUUUUUUGGUAUCAUGAAGGAACCGUAAUCAAUUAUGAUUCACCUCGAGGUGGAGCAAUUAAAGUGAUAACUGAUCGUAGUUCAUCAAUUGUCUCACGAUUAACGAUAAUUGAAGCUCGAAUUGAAGAUUCUGGUGAAUACUCAUGUAAACCCUCAUACGCUGAUUUUGCCAAUAUAACUCUUCAUGUAAUCCAAUCAUCUGUAUCAUCUUCAUCCACAUCAAAUACUUUUGAUAAUCAUGAUAAAAAUUCAUUUAAUGAUAAAUCAAACUAUCAUUUAAGCUCAGGUUCAAGUUGCCUUUAUAAAAUUAACUCUACCAAUAAUUAUGUAAUUAAGUUAACCAAUUUAAUCUACUGGUUCAGUUUACUUUUUUUUACUCAAAUGAAAAAUAAAUAAACAAAAAAUUCUUUAUGUAUCAAUAGUUAUAAAUAUGUAAAACAAUAAUGUUAUUAAUGACUUUCUAUUGGCCAUAUAAUUAAUAAAAUUUUUAACAAUUCAACUAUUAUUUGGAUAAAAAUAAC